CAUCGCCAUCCUCGCGAUGAUGAUGGCGGGCGAGGGCUUCUCCCUCUCCGGCCCGCCGGCGCAGCUGCUCGUCGUCGCAAAGCAGGCGGCGGCGGACGUGCUCUCCAUCAUCAGCCGCGUGCCAGCCAUCGACUCCUUCUCCGAGGCUGGGCAGACGCCCGAGGCGGUGGCGGGGGAGAUCGAGGUGCGCGACGUGGUCUUCGCGUACCCCACCGCGCCCGACCACCUCGUCUGCAACGGCUACUCGCUCUCGGUGUCCGCGGGGCAGACGGUGGCGCUGUGCGGCGCCUCGGGCAGCGGCAAGUCGACUCUCGUCGCGCUGCUCGAGCGCUUCUACGACCCGCAGGGCGGCGCGAUCCUGCUCGACGGCGUCGACCUGCGCGACCUGAACGUGCGCUGGCUGCGCGCGCAGCUCGGGCUGGUGGGGCAGGAGCCGGUCCUCUUCCAAGGCUCGGAGCCGGUCCUCUUCCAAGGCUCGGUGGCGGACAACAUCCGGUACGGCAAGGCGGGCGCGAGCGACGCCGACGUCGAGGGCGCGGCGCGCUUGGCCAACGCGCACGGCUUCAUCACGAGCAGCCUCGCCGACGGGUACGCCACGCAAGUUGGUCUCAAGGGCAGUCGUCUUUCGGGCGGCCAGAAGCAGCGCGUGGCGAUCGCACGCGCCAUCGUUCGCAAGCCGGCGGUGCUGCUGCUUGACGAGGCGACGUCGGCGCUCGACAACGAGAGCGAGCGGGUCGUGCAGGCGGCGCUGGAUGCGGUGGUGGCGGAGACGCGUCGUACGACGCUCGUCAUCGCGCACCGGCUGUCGACCAUCCGCAACGCCGACAGCAUCGCCGUGCUGAGCGAGGGCCGCGUCGUCGAGAAGGGAACGCACGCGGAGCUUCUCUCUCUUGGUGGCUUGUACACCCGCCUGGUGAUGGCGGCGUCGUGAGCCGGCGAAUCUAGAUUCUGACGAGGGCGGAUCGGACUUAUCUCCACAGAGCGCGCAUGAACCAUGAUUGAGUGUGCGUGCUGUCUGCGCAGACCGGACGAGAUAGCGCGCCGUGUAGAGCUCUAACAUACGUAUCUCUCGGGGGUUGCGGGUUGUGUGGCCUUUGUGCGCUCACGUACUGGUUCGCGCUGAGUAUUGGUACAUACAUUAACAUGCGUUGCUCAUGGGCGCAGCCCGAGCCGCGCAUCUCACGA